AUGCUAAACAAAGUAUCUGCAAAAGUGACUUCGAGAACAGAUACGGCCGGAUUGGUCGGACGGUCUUUGAGAAUCGCCAUCACGGUGGUGGCGGUUACCGGUUUUUCGCUAUUCGGGUACGACCAAGGUUUGAUGUCCGGUAUUAUUACUGGUGUGAAGUUUAACGAAGAGUUCCCAGCUACACGUGAAAAAUCUAGCAAUGACAGACACGCGACGGUUGUGCAAGGUGCCGUGACGUCUUGUUACGAGUUGGGGUGUUUCUUUGGGUCGUUGUUUGUUAUGUUUAAAGGUGAAAAGAUUGGUAGAAAGCCAUUGAUUAUUAUUGGAUCCAUUUUGACGAUGGUUGGUGCUUUGAUUUCUACGUGUGCCAUUGGACGCCAUUGGGGUUUGGGCCAGUUUGUUAUUGGACGUGUGAUCACUGGUUUGGGAACCGGUAUGAACACUUCUACGAUCCCAGUUUGGCAGUCGGAAAUGUCCAAGCCGGAGAACAGAGGUCUCCUUGUGAACUUGGAAGGGUCUGUCAUCGCUUUGGGUACGAUGAUUGCGUACUGGAUCGACUUUGGUUUGUCGUAUGUGGACAGUUCUGUGCAAUGGAGAUUCCCCGUGGCAAUGCAGAUCUUUUUCGCCAUCUUGCUAUUGAUCGGUGUGCUGCAGCUCCCAGAUUCGCCCCGUUGGUUGGUCUCGCAAGGACGUCGUGAGGAGGCCAUGUACAUCUUGGGUAAGUUGGACAACUUGGACCCCAACGACGACCAGGUUUUGGCCGAAAUCAGCAGUAUCCAGGACGCUGUCAACCGUUUCAAGCACCAAAAGAGAUCCUUGAAGGAAUUGUUGCACGGUGGUAAGGGCCAGAACUUCCAACGUGCCAUGAUCGCCGCUUCGACCCAAUUUUUCCAACAAUUUACCGGUUGUAACGCCGCCAUCUACUAUUCCACAGUCUUGUUCAAGAAGAGUAUCGGUCUUGAAGCCCGUUUGUCCUUGAUUCUUGGUGGUGUUUUCUCCACCAUUUACACUCUAUCCACGAUCCCAUCCUUCUUUUUGAUCGAAUCCUUGGGUAGAAGAAAGUUGUUUAUGGUUGGUGCGCUUGGACAAGGUAUCUCGUUCACCAUCACCUUUGCAUGUUUGAUUGACGACACCAAGUCCAACGCCAAGGGUGCGGCCGUCGGUUUGUUCUUGUUCAUCGUCUUCUUCGGUAUGUCCAUCUUGUCUUUGCCAUGGAUCUACCCACCAGAAAUCGCCUCCAUGAGAGUCCGUUCCGUGACAAACGCUUUGUCCACAUGUACCAACUGGUUGUGUAACUUCGCUGUCGUCAUGUUCACUCCAAUCUUCAUCGAGGACGCCGGCUGGGGUUGUUACUUGUUCUUCGCAUGUAUCAACUUCGCCUACUUCCCAGUCAUUUACUUCUUCUACCCAGAAACCGCAGGUAGAUCCUUGGAAGAAAUCGAUAUCAUCUUCGCAAAGGCUCACGUCGACAAGACCAUGCCAUGGAGAGUCGCCGCUAACUUGCCUAAGUUGUCCUUGGCCGAAAUUGAAGACCACGGUAACGCUUUGGGUCUCUACGACGACGACUUGGAAAAGGAAGACGAAUUGGAAAAGGACGACGAAGAACAAACUUCCGAAAACAACAACAGCACCAGCCAAAAGGAUUACCCAUCGCAUCCAGGCUUCUCUCUAUUCCAAAGAAAGAAGUCUUCCCGUAACCCACAAGCUGAAGCUGAUGCCGCUGCUGCUGCUGCUCCAGUAGACUCCCAAACUUCCCCAGAAGAAGAAGAAGACGUCUCGGGCACCGCUGAAAAGGACAAUGGGUUGACUAACACCCAACAAUCAUCCAACAGCUCGGAAUAA